CCGACCAUGUUUUACAAUGAAGCUGAUGCCAUGCCAUAGUCCUCCGGCGCGGUGUUGUUCUUCAUACGGAUAAUUGCAAAUCGAUCUUCUUCAUGGUCGGGCAAUUGCACGUCUAUUCGUUAUGGAUUGGGGAAUCGGGACCAUCUCCCAGUGUUAUGCUUUCACUGUCAUUCAGCAGGUUCGAGAAGUGUUCCCUCCAUAAUUUCGGUCUGCUCUGGGCAUCAGUCACUAGAUCAUCUCUGGGGAUUCUACAAGAGUAUGCUCCACUCUUGAAACCUUCUGUUAGUUGCCGCAUUUUUUUCUAAGAAUUUUCGAAUAUUACUCCUAUCGGCCAGCUUGUCAAGCUCUUCGUACUUACGCAAAUCCAAACUUCUACAUUAUAAAGAAAUAUGUAGUAUAUUCAAAUGAAUUGAAUACGAGUAAAGACACCUACAUAGUUCUAAUUCGUCAACACCUUUUUCAACACUACAAAAAAAAAAUUAUUUGAAACCCCAUAAACGUUACUCGUAUACAAACAUUGCCUUCAAAAACGUUUGAAGAACAGAUUCCACACAAACAAAAUAAUAUUCAUAAACAUUUCAUACAAAAUUUUGGAAUAAUUUUCAAAAUUUUCCGUUAAAAAUUAAAGAAAUAACAAUAGAAUAAUAGCGAAAUGAUAAAGAAAAUCAACUGUUGGGAGGGUAAGCAGUAUCAGCUGGUGACUAGUGAUAACUACGAUGCCUACAUGAAAGAGCUUGGCAUGGGCUUGGUUCAACGCAAAUUAGGCAACACCAAAAAGCCGAUCGUUAUGCUACAUAAGGUUGAAAGCACCCAUAAUUUAAUCACAGUGAUCGAUGAGAAACCAACUGUACUCACCUUCAAGUUGGGCAAAGAGUUCGAUGAAGAAACUUAUGAUCUGCGCAAUGUGAAGACCACAUUCAAUUUGUAUGACAACACUUUGGUGCAGGAACAAAAGGGUGUUGUGUGCACGAAGAUCACACGCGAAUUUCAUCUAAAUAGAAUGGUGGAGCAAUCUGUGAUCAACAAUGUGGCCGGAAGUAGAGUAUUUCAUGUGCUUGGGGAAGACGAAAGCAAGGACUUGACCGAAUUGUUGGAGAAACUUGAAAAUGAGCAGCAAGAAAAGAAGGAAGAGAAUAAGGAGGCCAAGCAAAAGAGUGAAGCCAAAAGAGAAGUCGAAAGAGUAGUUAACCAAUUGGUGGAAUAAUAGGCUGCCACAAAACGAACAGCGGUUUUGUUUCUAUUACCUCAUCAAUUUAGCUGAAACCAUCCCAAACGCCAAGUACAAUGGCCGAUUACUUCGAGGAUAUGGGACAUGAACCCACUGGAGCCGAGGGUCCUAAUGAUUUUG